GAUUUAGCGGCUCUCUCCUCUUCCUCCUCCCGCCGCCGCUCGGGCACCAGGCAGCGCCGUCCCCCCGCCCCGCACAGCCUCGCCCCUCGCCCAGAGAGCGGCGGCCGCCCGAGCCCCGCGCCCCCGAGUCCCUCAUGGCCCUCAUCAUGGAGCCCGUCAGUAAGUGGUCGCCGAGCCAAGUCGUCGACUGGAUGAAAGGUCUUGAUGAUUGCCUGCAGCAAUAUAUUAAGAACUUUGAGAGAGAGAAGAUUAGUGGUGACCAGCUACUGCGCAUUACUCAUCAAGAACUGGAAGAUCUUGGAGUCACACGAAUUGGCCAUCAGGAGCUUAUCUUGGAAGCAGUAGACUUGCUCUGCGCACUGAACUACGGUUUGGAAACAGAAAAUCUAAAAACCCUUUCUCACAAACUCAAUGCAUCUGCCAAAAAUCUGCAGAACUUCAUCACUGGGAGGAGGAGGAGUGGUCACUAUGAUGGAAGGACCAGCCGCAAAUUACCAAAUGAUUUUCUGACAUCGGUAGUGGAUCUGAUUGGAGCAGCUAAAAGCCUUCUGGCUUGGUUGGACAGAUCACCUUUUGCUGCAGUCACAGAUUAUUCAGUAACAAGAAAUAAUGUCAUACAGCUCUGUCUGGAACUAACAACAAUAGUACAACAGGAUUGUACAGUAUAUGAAACAGAAAAUAAAAUUCUUCAUGUGUGUAAAACUCUUUCUGGCGUCUGUGAUCACAUUAUCUCACUCUCUUCUGAUCCACUGGUUUCCCAGUCUGCUCACCUUGAAGUGAUCCAGCUUACAAACAUCAAGCCAAGUGAAGGGCUGGGUAUGUACAUUAAAUCAACAUAUGAUGGUCUCCAUGUAAUAACUGGAACAACAGAAAAUUCACCUGCAGAUCGGUGCAAGAAAAUCCAUGCUGGGGACGAAGUGAUUCAAGUUAACCACCAAACUGUGGUGGGGUGGCAGUUGAAAAAUUUGGUGAAUGCACUACGAGAGGAUCCGAGUGGUGUUAUCUUAACUUUGAAAAAACGACCUCAGAGCAUGCUUACCUCAGCACCAGCUUUACUGAAAAAUAUGAGAUGGAAGCCCCUUGCUCUGCAGCCUCUUAUUCCUAGAAGUCCUACAAGCAGUGUCGCUACACCAUCCAGCACUAUCAGCACACCUACAAAAAGAGACAGCUCUGCUCUUCAGGAUCUCUACAUACCUCCUCCUCCAACAGAACCUUAUGUUCCAAGGGAUGAAAAGGGAAAUCUCCCGUGUGAUGAUGUUGGCAGACAUAUAGUGGGCAAGCCAGUUCAUACAGGAUCCGAAUCUCCAAACUCAUUUCUUGACCAGGAGUAUCGGAAACGCUUUAAUGUGGUUGAAGAGGAUGCAGUUUUGUACUGCUACGAAUAUGAGAAAGGAAGAACAAGUGGUCCUGGAAGGAGAGAGAGCACACCAACAUAUGGGAAACUAAGGCCUAUUUCUAUGCCAGUAGAAUACAACUGGGUGGGGGAUUAUGAAGACCCCAAUAAAAUAAAAAGAGACAGUAGGAGAGAAAAUUCAUUGCUUCGCUACAUGAGCAAUGAGAAAAUAGGUCAAGAAGACUACAUGUUUCAAAGGAAUAGCAAAAAGGAUACUGGGAAAAAGUCCAAAAAGAAGGGAGACAAGAGUAGUAGUCCAAGUCAUUACUCGCUGUUGCCUAGUUUACAAAUGGACUCCUUGAGACAAGAAGUCAUGGGCACACCUGGACCAGAAACUGCUUUGUACCAUACAUUUCAGCAGUCUUCUCUACAGCAGAAAAGUAAAAAGAAGAACAAAGCUCCUAUUCCUGGUAAAAGCAAAAGACGGAUCUCAUGUAAAGAUCUUGGUCGAGGGGACUGUGAAGGCUGGCUUUGGAAAAAGAAAGAUGCCAAGAGUUAUUUCUCCCAGAAGUGGAAAAAAUACUGGUUUGUCCUGAAGGAUACAUCUCUGUAUUGGUAUAUCAAUGAAGAGGAUGAAAAAGCAGAAGGAUUCAUCAGUCUACCUGAAUUUAAAAUUGACAGAGCCAGUGAAUGCCGCAAGAAAUAUGCAUUCAAAGCCUGCCAUCCUAAGAUCAAAAGUUUUUAUUUUGCUGCUGAACAUCUAGAUGAUAUGAACAGAUGGCUAAACAGAAUUAACAUGCUUGCUGCCGGCUAUGCAGAAAGAGAGAGGAUCAAACAAGAGCAAGAUUACUGGAGUGAGAGUGAUAAGGAGGAAGCCGACACUCCGUCGACACCCAAACAAGACAGUCCGCCACCCCCAUAUGACACAUACCCACGGCCUCCUUCGAUGAGCUGUGCAAGCCCUUACGUGGAGCCAAAACACAGCCGACUCUCGUCCACGGAGACCUCCCAGUCGCAGUCGUCACAUGAGGAGUUCCGCCCGGAGGCGGCGGGGAGCACCACCGACUCGCCGGUGCGCAAGACAGCAAGUCAGCGGCGCUCCUGGCAGGACCUCAUCGAGACGCCCUUGACCAGCUCAGGACUCCACUACCUGCAGACGCUGCCGUUGGAGGACUCUGUGUUCUCCGAGGCGGCUGUGGUCUCCCCCGAGCACCGGCGGCAGUCAACCUUGCCCACCCAGAAGUGCCACCUGCAAGACCACUACGGUCCCUUCCCCCUGGUGGAGGGGGAGCGGAUGCAAGUGCUGAAUGGGAAUGGGGGAAAGCCCCGAAGUUUCACUCUGCCUCGGGAUAGCGGUUUCAACCACUGCUGCCAGAGCCUUUCCGUCGGUGCCGCUGAUCACCAUGAAGAAGCGCAACAGAAGGAGGUGGAGGAGGAGGAGGAGGAAGAGGAAGGCAAAGCAGCAGAAGAAAACCAGGAAGAUAAAAGAUGGGGAACAGACCUUUCUUCUGUGACGACUCUGGUGCCGGUUUUGAGAGUGAGCUUUAUGUUGAGACUUGACAUUCUUGAAAGUUUUUCUCCCUUUUUCCUGAAGGCAAUAGGGAAAAGGAGCAGUCACAAUUGCAGCACUUCUUUCUGGAACUUACCAGUUGAAACUAUAGAGGAGAAAACAGCAGACUCCUUGCAAGAUUUGUACAAAGCCUUGGAGCAGGCCAGCCUGUCUCCUUUAGGAGAACAUCGGAUUUCCACUAAGCUGGAAUAUAAGAAAUCUUUUAUAAAGAGAUGUAGCGAUCCAGUAGUCAAUGAAAAACUGCACCAGCUGCGAAUUCUGAAAAGCACUUUAAAGGCCAGGGAAGGAGAAGUAGCAGUUAUAGAUAAAGUUCUGGAUAAUCCAGCUCUGACAUCUAGAGACUUUCAAGAAUGGAAACUAAUGUACCUUGAUCUCUUCAUGGACAUCUAUCAAAGCAGCACCCUGAGGGACUCUGUUAAUGGUUCGUCUGAGGUUAAUGCAUUUAUAGCCUCCUUAGCACACACUCACUCUUACAUUGAAACACAUGUAUAAAGGUCUCUCUUUUUGUCCAUUUGCUAUACUCCUGCCCUUUACUUAAGUGCAUAAAGUAGUUUUUAUAUCAAUAUAUGGGAGCUCUAGUAAAUUCUAUUUUAAUGUUUCUCAGCUGUGUGAAGUAAACCUUCAGUGGUCAACAAUACCACAUCUUUGAUGAAGAUUUGUAUAUUUUAUACACUACCAAUGCUCUGCUUGUGUUUACCUUCUGUGAAAUAAUGAACAUGAUCUUUAGCUAUUAAACUAUUUUAAAACAUUUUUGGAAGGCUCUGGCCUUCAGGCAGGAAGUUCUACAAAAUAAGAGUUUUGUUAUUGAAGGUCACUUUUACAAUGAUAUUUUAUAUUAUAUAAUUCCAGUAUUGCAUUUUUGGAGUGCAGGUACUAUUUUGGUGGUGGAAGAAAACUAAUUUUUAUAUUUCAUGAGAAACUCUAGGAGUUUUCUUACAUAACAGGGGAAAAGUGUAAAGUAGUGGUUGUGUUUCAGUUUUGUCCAACAUACAAAAGGGUCAAAAUCAGCAGACAGAAUUUAAUUAUCAAAAAGUUAGGUCUUAUUUCCUUGUGCUUUUUUAAAAGCCUGUCAUUAAGGUUUACCAUGAGUGCAUAAGGAUUGUAUUCUAAGACCAAAUUGUGUGUUAUUUGUCUCUUAAUCACAUUUGGUUGUUUUUUUAAAAAAUUAGUCAUGGUACUAUCAUUUAUGCUGCUUUUGUAUUGAAGGUAUAAUGUGCAGAUUUUGCAAAAGAUGUAGACUUUGAACAUCCUUGAUAGCAGCAUUUCUCUUGCCUAGCAAAGCAGCAGUGGAAAAGGUUCCCAAUGAAAUGCUCUGAAUUUGAGAGGCUUUGAAAAUUCUCACAAUAGAAAAGGAAUGAAUAGGAUUUUUCAAGUAGUGUCUUAUAUGCUUUCUGAGCUGUGAAAUUUGGCCAUUUUGUAGGAAGGGAAAAAGUGUGAUGAGAGAAGAGCUGAGCACAGAACCUGAAAAAGAAUAGUAAGAAAGCCUCUGGUUCACUUUUGAAAGUGUGUGUGGGGGGUAUGUUUCUGAGUUCUGCUGAGUUCACAAGCCAAUUAAAAUGUUUUAAGCUUCCACAAGAUUUGAGAUGUGCUGGAGACAACCCAGUGAAUAUGAGUUGAAAUAGCUCUGCAAGAGUUAGGCACAUGCCUGAAAUAGGAAAGUGGGAGGAAAAUCUUAAAUCACAUAUUUACUUUUUAUGGGCUUGUUUUUGAAAAGUGAUCAGAGCGUGACAAAACAUUUCUGCUGCUUUUCAGUAUUUUGCUGCAUAAGUUAGGAUUCACAAUGUGAUUUAAUUAUGCUCAUGCGAAAGGGAAAAGCCUCCUUUAUACUUAUUACAGAGAGUUGUACUCUUAACCAACUUUAGAUUAUUGCCUGUACAGCUCAGUGAAUGUACUUUAAACUUUAUGAGCUCUGAUAUUUCCUGGCAGUUAUAUCCAUGAAGGGAUGAAGGAAAGAAUGGAAAGAUUUGUUUUCUCUCCUUCCUUCCUUCCUUCCUUCCUUCCUUCCUUCCUUCCUUCCUUCCUUCCUUCCUUCCUUCCUUCCUUCCUUCCUUCCUUCCUUCCUUCCUUCCUUCCUUCCUUCCUUCCUUCGUUCCUUCCUUCCUUCCUUCCUUCCUUCCUGCCUGCCUGCCUGCCUGCCUGCCUGCCUGCCUGCCUUCCUGCCUUCCUUCCUGCCUUCCUGCCUUCCUGCCUUCCUGCCUGCCUGCCUGCCUUCCUGCCUGCCUGCCUGCCUGCCUGCCUGCCUUCCUGCCUGCCUGCCUUCCUUCCUGCCUUCCUGCCUGCCUUCCUGCCUUCCUGCCUUCCUGCCUGCCUUCCUGCCUUCCUGCCUGCCUUCCCUCCUGCCUGCCUGCCUCCUUCCUUCCUGCCUUUCUGUCUGCCUUCCUGCUUUCCUGCCUGCCUUCCUGCUUUCCUCACCUUCCUCUCCUUCUUUCUUCUUUCUUUCUCCCCAUGUUUUUCUCUUUCUUUCUUGUUAUUUCAUUGCAGGUGGAUUGCAAAUGUUUUGCAGAUUUUGCACAAUUGUACAGAAGAGUGGCCUUUCUGUAGCCCAUUUUCAGUAAUCCUAUAUUCAAGUCAAUCUGGAUGACAAAUCAUGUAUUAAUGUUUGUAUAGAAUUCUGGCUCCAAUGUAAUAUUUGUACCAUUAGAAGAAUAUUGUUUGUAUAAACUGGACAUUUAUUUACUGCAUGGUACUGACUUGUAUAUUAAAUUUGUGAGGUUUUUGUACAUUUCUCUGAAAAAAUGCUUGACUUGAAAUGGAUUGUGCUAUUGUUCCAAGCAUUUAGAUUCUCUUGCUAUUGUUUUACUGGACCAAAAGUAAAUAUAUUCAUAUAAAAAACUCUUUAUAUCUGAUAAAUGUAUAUGCACAUUGUGUAGUUGAUUCCUUGUCAAAGCCAAGGCAGUUCAGAAGACUUAGAUCUGUUGCUAUGCAACAGCUAUUCUGCCUGCACUUUACAUUAGUAAAGUCAGCUUGAUUGCUUUAAAGGUGAAAAUUAAACAUUACAGUUUUUUAAGCUAGUCUAAUGACAAAGAACAUGUGUCCUCUCCAUUGUGCUGCCUUCUUUUAAGACUAUUAAAUGUUCUUCUAUAUAUAUUUUUAUUGUAUUAACUCUCAGCCUGAAAAGGGAACACUGUAAAAUGAAGUACAAUAAAUUGAGAUUUAAAUGAACAUUUUUUCCUCAAUUCAAUUACAUCAUCUCAAAGUGAUUCUUCAGCAUCUGACCAUUUUACCUGCAUUUCACAGAUCCAUGUACCUUCAAGUAGCCCCAUCAUCUGUACCUUUGAACACUGCCAACAACACUGCAAAAAAAGAAGUAAGACUAUUGCUGCUUCAGCUGUAGGCAGAUGCUGAACAAAGACUUCUGAAAACCUUCGGUUACCUCCCUCCCCUUCAUACUCUUUGAUGAAAGUAAACCUUUUUUGACUGCAGGAUUCUCUCGUGUACUAGUUCUACAGCUAUGAACAAUUUUACCAUUGUGAGCAGGUACAAUAAAGCAGCAUAUGCUUCUCAGGUAAGUAUCAAGGCAUUAGUUACAGCAACUCCUGUAACAUGUUUCCUACAGUCUAAUAAUAAGUAUACCCAUUCAGCUCUGGCUGUCUAAACUAACACAAGGUUUGGA